UGUAAGUUGGUCGACGCCAUCUUGAAAUUCUUUUCAACGUCGUUCUCUUGCAUGUGUAUUUCAUAAAUUUUGUCUUUCUUGUGCAAAUAAAAUAUAUAACUCUGUGGAUAUUAUUAGAAACACUCUUAAAAUAACGUCUGGCGAUGUCGGACCGUAAGCGUUUACUCAAUGAUCUUAGAGUUAUCGAUUUGCGCGCUGAGUUAGAGAAACGUAACCUAGACAAAAGCGGCGUACGCGGUGUACUCAUACAGCGCCUAUCUAAGCAUUUAGAAGAAGAGGGAGAAGAUCCCACAACAUAUAAAUUUGAACUUGCCACAGAUACUAAAAUACCAUCAAAAAAAACACGAAGAUCUGAGAGUGUGAUAGAACAAGAGUCUGAAGAUACUCCUGCCAUGGAAGACAUGAUUGUCCAGGAUGAUGCCGGGGAGGAAGAAGAGACUGAUCAGGUUGAUUCUCGUGAGGACAAUAGGAAAUCUGAAGAACAACAAAAGCAAAUUGAAGAGAAAAUGGAUACAGAUGAAAAGGUUUCUCGAAAAAGAGAUAUCAAAGAUGAUGUUGAAGCCACCCAAGCCAAAAAACUCUGUACAGAGAAAGAAAAUAAAUGUGAUGAUGAUCACAAAAUUGAAAAUAACACAGACGCAGAAGAUAGCAUCAAUUUAGAUCUUGGCGAAGAUGAACUGCUCAAUGAAGAGACUGACAACACUACUAAACCCAACAAAAUAGAUGAGGCGACGGACGAGGCCAACACGGAGGCAGCGAGCAACGAGGCGGCGCCGACCGAUGCCGCCACAGCAGGUGAUGCUGCGCCUGCCGAUGAUCAACAUCAAGUAAACGCCGAAGCCCCCGCCACUAGCAGUAAUGAGGAGAAAACGGAUAAAGACAAUAAAGAUGAAAAAGAGAAGGAAGGUGAAAGUGAUAAAAAAGAAAAGAAAGAUGACACUAAAGAAGGUGGAGCUCGUAAUUUAUGGGUCAGUGGUUUGUCGGGUGACACACGGGCUAAAGACUUAAAACAACUAUGUAGCAAACAUGGAAAGGUAAUUGGAGCUAAAGUAGUAACUAAUGCAAGAACACCAGGAUCCCGCUGCUAUGGUUAUGUGACAAUGGCUAGUGCUCAAGAUGCCGAAAACUGUAUCAAAAACUUACACAGAACUGAGCUCCAUGGUCGCAUGAUCUCUGUAGAGAAAGCUAAAUCUGAAUCGGAGUCAUCAUCGCGUAGACAACCUUCUCGGAUUGACCGUCGUCCGAGCAAAGAUCGGAAGGACGACACUAAAGAAAACGAGGAAGGUAAGGAAGGAGAGAAAAGUGAUGAAAAUAGAAUAAAAAAAGAAGGUGAAGUGUCAGGAGCAGAAAGUACAAGAUCCACUUCGCGCACUCGAGAAAAGUCGCACCGAUCUGAUAAAGAUAAGUCUCGUCGUAGUACCAGAAGCCGUGAACGAAGGAGAUCACCUAGAGAAGUACUAUCUUUUUCUAAGAUAUGGAAGGAGCGCGACGUGGCGCGUGCGCGGGAGCGGUCGCGGGCGGCGCGCGAGGAGGAGCGGCGGCGGCGCGCCGCCGAGGACGCGCUGCGCGAGCGCGAGCGCCGCCAGCGCCAGGAGAAGCACCGCCUCGCGCUCGAGCGGGAGAAGCUGCGCGCCGAGAGAGAAAAAAUUGAACGAGAAAAGAAUGAACUUUUACGUUUGGAGCGUGAAAGACAUAGACUGGAGAGAGAGAAAUUAGAACUGGAGCGAUUGGAACUAAAGAGGGCACAGUUGAGAUUAGAAGAGGAGCGGCGCAAACGCGGGUACGAGAGUAGCGCGGCGUAUCGCAAGCCAGCGUCGUCACCGCCGCCCGAGCCCGCCUACGACCGCGAGCCGCGCCACAAGCGCCCGCCGCCGCCGCCCAUGUCGUCGAGUAGAGGACAGUUCGAGGCUCCCCCUCCGCCACGGUUCGAAAUGGGCGCAAGUUACGACCGCGGCGCAGACAAGAGAGAUCGAGAUCGCGAUUAUAAGAGAGAAUAUCCCAGGCAUGUCUCAUCUAGCAAUAUGAAAUAUCCCAGCAAUGGUAGUUCCAAUGAUGAUGCACGACAACCAAUGCCACCAGGCACUAGACCUAAAGAGCCUAGUCGAUCUUACGAAUCUCGAGAUAACAGAUCAUACCGGCCAUCUCCUCCGAACAAACCAGAGCCUCGCAGUUGGAAUUCCUCGAGUCGGUAUCCUGACACUGCGCCACCAUCUAAAGGAGCGAUAGUGGCGCGGGGCACAGGCGGCGGCAGCGAGUCGUGGGGCGCGGGCGGCGGCGGCGGCGGCGGCGGCGAGGCGCGGUACGGCGCGUACGAGGCGCGCUACCCGCCGCAGUACCAGCCGCCACCGCCCGGCGCGCCCUACCCCGACCGGUACGCGCCCUCCGCCCGCGACUACCCGCGCAAGUACUAGCGCGCCCACACAACGCAUACCACACACCUCAGAUUUGAUGUCACCAUUGUAUAAUGAUAGUGAUAAAUUGAGUUUAGUUGUUAUACUCGUAUUAUUUAAUACAACUAUAAAAUGCCUUUAUUUUGCAUAUGUAUUAUUAUUACAUAGUAAGUGUGAUUUCUUUAAUGAGAUCAUCUAAAAACUACGAGAAGGAAUCAAAAAGUAGUGAGAAUGAGAUAACUUAAUAAUUCAUUUUUCUACAUAGUCUCAGAGUCUCUCUACACACCGAGUCCAGCGCCUUUUCAAGGCUUUAAUUCCUUUAAAAAAAAAAGUUUUGUCUUACUCCUGCAAAAAGCUCUCCACGACAUCCAUCACCUCGUUAUCGUCUUCGUACCUAUUUCCCCUUAAGUAUUCUUUCAAUUUGGGGAACAGACAAAAAUCGCUAGGCGCCAGAUCUGGUGAAUAAGGAAGGUGGUCAACCAAUUCGAAGCCAGCUUGCGAAUGGCAGCCAUCGCAACUCUCAUUGGUCUCCAUUUUCGAGAACACGUUCCGACACGAAGCAAACAAAUGACUACACAUUCAGAAAAAAACAAAAGAGAAACGAAAUUUUUUUUCUUUAUUAAUAUUACAAACAUGUAUCUGAACUAUGCCUGCCAAUAUUUUUUUUUUUCUUACCAAGUAGUAUGUCGUUCUCACUACUUUUUGAUCCCUCCUCGUAUAAUGUAAAAUCAUUCCUUUUGACUUAUUGUGUCAUGACAUAUACAUUUUAAGUGUUUCAAUCUUUUGUUCAUGUGCUAAUGGUUUAAGACAUGGGUAAAAUGUCAGUGCGUUAGAGUCAAUCCAGAUUGUUGGACUCCUAGAGUGAUAUAAUAAAUUACAUAUUUUAUUCAUACUAGUAAAUGUUUUCUAAUUGUUAA